UAUCCCAACCCAUUUUUGGAGUACAAAGAGUCAGAGCCGAAAGUCAAAGGUUUCAUCAUCACUGGCCAUCCUGGAAUCGGCAAGUCAAUUUUCCUGUACUACGUUCUCUUCUUGCGAUUGCAAGCGGCCAAGCCGACAAUUUUGGUCACUCAUCCCGAGAGGGUCACCGCAUUCCUCGAACAGAGUACUUUUUCCAUAUCAAUGGCAGAUUUCAAGGACGUUGUGCAUGUUAUUCCCACCACUGCAUGGUGCCUCGUGGACACCAACGAGAGUCUGGAAACCGUUCCGGAGGCGAUCUAUAACACGCCAUUUUUUAUCUUACAGGCAGCGUUACCGAAGAGAAAACACCUUGAGUGGCAGAACAAGGUUAUAGGCAUCCGGCAGUAUGUCAUGAAGCCGUUCUCCCUAUCAGAGCUCAUAAUCGGGCGAAGUCGAAGUCUCGACGUCAGCAACGCCAUUUCAGAAAAGGCACUGCAAGAAUACUAUCAUCAGUAUACGCCCUCGGCUCGCUUUGCCUAUCAGCAUGCAAGCAACCUCGAGAAAUACACAACAUUUGUGCGAAGUCUCCUCGAUCAACUGACCAUCGACUAUUUGAAAACGUUGGUCGGGGCAUUCCCUCUUAACGUCGACUCCGUUGGGGAACAAAUCUUAUACCAUAUUCUGACCGUCACAGUCGAAGCUGGAGGAGAGCGAAGCAUCCCUAGAAUUGAGGUCCCUAGUUAUCAUCUCAGUCAGCUCAUAACCGAGCAGUUGCAGCCCUCAUUUACAUACUAUGCGACUGUUGGAACUGUAGCCUCGGGAUGCUGCCAGCUCGACUUCAAGUUGCGAGGGCUGCUGGAUAUGAUAGGCUAGUAGAAGAUCUUGACGUGGACUUGAACUGGAGUUCAGGGUGUUCUAGACAGCGGAACACUUUUUUCUUCAAUUCGUAUGCGAGAGCGCGAUGUUACCGUCGAAAAGAUGUAUGGGGAAUAUAUACGUGGUCGCAUAAAAUCAAAAGAAUAUGACAC